AUGGCACCCACUCGGCGAGUCGCCCUUAUCCAGUGGCGCAUCCAGGAACUGGCUAUUAAAAAGAACCAUGCCACGGCAUGCACUUAUAUCCGCGAAGCCGCCGCCCAAGGCGCCGAGCUAGCCGUUCUCCCCGAAUACCACCUAAGUGCCUGGGUCCCCAACGAUCCGCUGUGGGCUAUCCAAGCUGCCGACUCUGCCCAUUAUCUAGCCAACUACCAGGCUCUCGCAAAGGAGUUGGGCAUUUGUCUCGUGCCCGGGACCAUCAUUGAGAAGCAUCAAGGCCCGAAAAACUCUAUUUCUUUCUAUAACACGGCCUACUUUAUCUCUAAGGAUGGCAGCGUUCUCGGUUCCUACCGCAAGAAGAAUAUAUGGCACCCGGAACGCCCACAUCUGACUUCUUCUGGUCUCGAGCGCCACACGGCCAUCGAUACGCCAAUUGGGCGUGUCGGACUGCUGAUCUGCUGGGACCUGGCGUUUCCCGAGGCUUUCCGGGAGUUGAUUGCCGAUGGAGCAGAGAUUGUGAUUAUGCCGACGUUCUGGACCCCCCACGACGCCUCUCCAGACGCACGCACCCACAACCCCGACUCUGAAGCCCUCUUUUUGCAAUCGACCUUGACAGCCCGCUCUUUUGAGAACACCUGCGGCAUCAUCUUUGUCAAUGCUGCCGGUCCCGCAGAGGACUUCCUCGGCAUGUCGCAGGUCACGCUGCCAAUCGUCGGCCCGGUAGCUAAGAUGGGUGUCGAGGAAGGGGUGCGGGUGGCGGAGAUGGAUCUAGGGUUGUUGGGGAUUGCGGAAAAGAAUUAUAAAGUACGGGAGGAUAUUGGGAGAGGGGAUUGGCAUUAUGUUUAUCGACAUAGUUCUUAG